AUGACCGAUUGGACAGACUGUCUUAACUUCGGCAUCUCCAUUGCCAAACAGGCCAGUGAGAUUGUCCUGUCGGCGUUUCAGCAGCAGAAAGACGUGAAGCUGAAAAGUUCUCCGGCUGAUUUGGUGACAGAAACUGAUCAGAGAGUGGAGAAGAUCCUCAUCUCUGCCAUCAGGAACAAAUACCCACAACACAGGUUCAUCGGGGAGGAGUCUGUAGCUGCAGGUGAGCGUCUCGAGCUGACUGACAGGCCCACCUGGAUCAUUGACCCCAUCGACGGGACUGUUAACUUUGUGCACAGGUUUCCAUUUGUGGCCAUCUCCAUCGCCUUCACUGUUAACAAGCAGACGGAGUUUGGGAUUGUGUACAGCUGUGUGGAGGACAAGCUGUUCUCUGCUCAGAGAGGAAGAGGAGCGUUCCUGAAUGGAGAGCCGCUGCAUGCCUCCGGGCAGGAAGACAUCAGCAGGUGCGUGGUGGUGACGGAGAUUGGGGCGGAGCGUGAUGACCUUGCUCUGUCCACCAUGACGUCCAACAUCUUUCGACUGCUGAGUUUACCUGUUCAUGGUGUCCGUGCACUGGGGACAGCGGCAGUUGACAUGUGUCAGGUGGCGACAGGUGGCGCCGAUGCUUACUAUCACAUUGGGAUGCACUGCUGGGACAUCGCUGCCUCCGCCAUCAUUGUCCAGGAAGCUGGAGGUGUUGUCAUAGAUACAGAUGGCUCAGAGUUCGACAUGAUGUCAAGGAGAGUCAUCGCUGCGAGCUCCUCUGCUGUGGCCCGUCGUAUUGCGCAGACCAUCCAGGUGUUUCCCUGUCGCCGCGAUGAUGAGGAGCCUUACAAGUGUGUCUGUGGAGCGACAGGUGUGAAUGGAGAGUAG